AUGGAAACGGCUGCUUCUCACAUAACAACGGACAUCCCAACCAUAUGGGAUUUCAGCUGUGACUUGGAAGUAGAUUAUGAGUCCGAGGAAAAUGCUAGCAUGGUGUACUCAGCUUUGGCCGUUGAUAAGGAGCUGCAGCCAGACAAGGUGAAAAGACAGAUGACAGUCUCCAAUGGGAAGCUUUCAGUGCAUUUUGAGGCAGUUGAAGCAAGAUUUCUUCGUGCAUCAUAUAGUGCUUUUGUUGACGUUCUUAUACUCGCAACCAAGACUAUUGAAGAAUUUGGUAAAGGCAUGGAAUUGUAA